AUGCCGAAAAAGAUAGGGCAGAAUAAAGAAGAAAUUUACGAAGCUUUUCGACAACGUCCAAAUUCAUUUGUUGCAUUUGUGUUCAGUGGUGGUAACGGUGGUCGUAUUAAAGAUGAAGAUCUUGUUGCAUAUCGUGCUAUCAAUAAUGUUUAUGAUUUUAAAACUGGUUCAUUUUUAAUUGUCGUAAAUGAUUUGCCCACUGAUCGUCCACCAACGUAUGAAGGUGAAGCAACUGUUAAAUUGGAAAAAUUAUUAAAUAUGAAUAAUGUCACGGUUUGUUUUCUCGAUCGAAUUAAUAAGAAAGUGCCACGUGAACGUGAUGAUCUUCGUAUUAAAUUGGGAAGUUUAGUGGCUAAAUGUACACCGAAAGAUAAAGGUGACAUUGAAUUGCAAGUUGAUCAAAUUAAACAGCUGAAUGAAGCAGCAAGAAAACAGCAGGAAGAAUUCCAAAAUGAACUUAGAAAUUUACAAGGUGAAAUUAAAAAGAGACAAGAUGAAUUUAAUCAAUCGAAAAAAGAUUUUGAAAAAAAGUUGGACGGUCUACGAGAUGAAUUGAAAAAGAAAGACGAAGCUGUUGAACGCACACAGGCACAGCAACGUGAACUUGAAAGUCGUGUUAAUGCUUUAAACAUUGACAUGAUAAAGCAAAAAGCUGAUCAUGAUCUUCAAUUAGCGCAGGAGCGUGAUGCUGCAAGUCGUCAACUAUUAGAACAGGAACACAAGACGCGUAUGGAGGAAUUGCAACGUGAAAUGAUUGCAGCUCAAGAAGCAAUAGCUAUAGCUGAAAAGAAACUUGAUGAAGGUUGUGUCAUCUUAUAA